AAACAGCUGCUGGCUAGAACGUAUUUCAGUUCUCAACGGUAACUAUCUGCUUUGUUAAGCUCGUGAAUUGCCCAGAGAUCUCGUUAUGGAAGCAGGUGAAAAUCGAUGGUGGAUAAAUUAGUCUUAAUCAGUCUGAAGUGGUGCGUUGAUGGAAAAAGCUUUCAGACGCGAAGUUGAGCCUUCGAUGCUGACACCUUGUGGUCAUUCACUGAGCUAAGAUGGCGGAAAAGUUCCUCGUUUUGUUUUGUUCAGUUUACGGCCUAAUGCUACUCUUUAGCGUUACGGUUAGCGGAUUAAAGCCGACGAAGGAUAUGGUACGUGAAUGGGCUAAUCGCCUUGGAACUAACGGGUCUAGCUUUAUGGACGGGAACGCCGGAGUAAAAAGUUUAACUCAGGCUUACGAAAACUUUACGUACGCGACGACAGAAAAGAUAAAAGGGGAUGAUGUCCUUAAGAAAAUGAAGAAAGAAAUGGAGGUUUUCUUCAGAAAUAAAUCGUCUUCAUUGAAGAAAUUGGUGAAAAAGGCAGAAGAAGCUUAUUGCAAAUACAAGUAUGAUAAAAAUUUGAAGAUUAGUGAAAUAGACUAUCCAAAUUCCAAGGAUUUGGAUAAAUAUUUAAACAAGAGUGGCAUUAAACUGGAGUACAACUCUACCUUUAGAAGUGAGAUCAGCUUCAACAGGAGUGUAAUACAUGUCCCAACAGAUGUUUUUGAUGGAGCUUCAAAGAUUGUUAAUGGAAUAGAGUGGACUUCUGCUCUAGAAAGUGUUUUUGAAGGAAACCGACACGAAGAUCCCAGCUUAUCUUGGCAGUACUUUGGAUCAGAUGAAGGAUUUAUGCGAACUUACCCAGCUCGUCACUGGGACAUCACUAAUGAAAAUAAUGUGGAUUUAUUUGAUGCCAGAAAAAGGCCAUGGUACAUUCAGGGAGCAACAUCUCCCAAAAACAUCAUCAUUCUUAUUGAUGCAAGUGGAAGCAUGCAUGGAGUCCCGAUGAGAAUAGCAAAGUUAUCUGCACAGAACCUUAUUGACACCUUUGGGGAUAAUGAUUUUUUCAAUGUUGUUUAUUUCAAUGUUGAGGCGACAGUACUUUGUUGUGAAAAAGAGGGCCCCAUACUGCUUCAAGCUACAAAGAAAAAUAAAAUCUUUGUCAAAGAAGAAUUGAAGAAAAUAGCAGAUAAGGAUGUUGCUGUGUGGGAGAAAGGCAUGAAAAAAGCUUUUGAUCUUUUGGAAAAGGCAAACAACUUUGCAAAGUGCCAGGAGGCCAUUAUGGUUCUAAGUGAUGGGACAACAUCCAGUCUUCCUGAGCUUUUUGCAGAGCUCAAUCCAGACAAAAAGGUUCGGGUGUUUACCUUUGCUGUUGGACCUUCUGCUGAAAGCACGGAAGCUUUGCGGAACAUGGCUUGUAACAACAGAGGUUACUUUACAAGGAUUCAGAGUGUCGGAGCCGUACGUGAAGUUAGUGAGAGUUACAUCCGCGUUUUGACCCGGCCGAUGGCGAUGGCUCCUGAAGCGAAUACAACUGACCAUACAGUAUGGACAAGUGUUUAUUUAGAUGCCUUGGGACUUGGCAUGAUGGUUACAGGGACUCUACCGGUUUUCCACCGUAAAGAGAGCGCCAUUAAUUGCUCUGAGAAAGGUGGAAUGGAAGCUGAAGAGAAGCGCGAAGAUCAUUUUCUUGGAGUUAUGGGUGCGGAUGUUCCACUAAAAUACCUCAAAGACUUUAUGUUACGACCAUUGGUGGGGCUCAGUGGAUAUAUGUUCGCGGUCAACAACAAUGGAAUGAUUAUUUUUCAUCCAAGAUUGAAAACAGUGUAUGGUUACUUACAAGACCCCCCAGGGGUCGAUCUUGUAGACGUGGAAACAUCUCUGACGGGGGCGGAAGUCCAAGAGCUCAGAAAAGCCAUGAUCGACAAGGUUCCCAUUACUGCCGAUGGUCCGAAUCGCACUGGAUCUAGUCAUAAGGAAUUUGAAGUCUACGACUUGUCUUUCGAUGAGUUGCGAAUGACGAAGCGAACAAUGGAAUAUUACUUCGGCGGCCUGGAAGGAACGUCGUUCAGUCUUGGAAUAGCAACUCCUCUGCUGGGAUACAAGUACAAUUUACCAGAAUACACAGAGACUGAAGUAAUUGAUAAACUCCACGAGUUGUUGAAGGAAACGAAGUUGUUGAAGGACAUUCAAAUUGAAAGGUGGCCAUAUUGCAGGAAUGUUGUACUUGCUGAAAAAACGCCACUUGAACAAUUGAUCAAUGAAACCGAAAGUAGAGACACUAAACUAUGUAACAAUUCAGAAUUACUAACGGGUCUGCUGGUGGACUUGAACGUCACAGCUCGUUUACCAUCUGUUUGGAAAAGCAAAGCACGGCCAGGUGUUAAUGACGUGUUUGUACGGACCUACUGGGGUUUACAUCGAAGUCACAGUGGAUCAAAGGACAAGCGUAACUCUAGUUCAGAAGACGACAUCUUUAGAAGAGUUUUUGGAUCCCAAAUUCCAUGUGCCUCCAUCAUUUAUACCACAAAAUACCUUGCAGCAAAGUCUGAUGAGAACAUUACUUCUGUGUUUGCUUAUAAAAGAAUAUAUCGCAAUAAAUUCCCUGCUGCUAUUCUUGGUUAUGAGAUGGAUAUGAAGGCCUUUGUCGAUACACAUAUUGUGAAAAACACAGAGUGUCAGUCAGAAGGAUCAGCGUGUGAUAUCAGCUGUGACAGGACUGGAAAGAAUGAUUACGAAGGCCUCUACUGUUACCUUGUGGAUGAAAAUGGCUUUGUUGUGGCAGGAAAUGAUGAGAGUUCAGCUGGGAAGUUCUUUGGUCGAGUCGAUGCGCCCGUGAUGAGGCAGUUAAUUCGUUCUGAUGAAGAGAACGGUUCUGGAAUUUAUAACAAGGUUGUACUGACGGACUUCCAAGCAGUUUGUCAAGUAAAAGGCGGAGUGAACAGCGGAGGAGUCUCAUUUCUCCUCAAGCCGUUUUUUUCACUCUCUGCUUACGCUGAAUGGUGGACGACCAAAGCUGUGUGGUCGUUGCUUUAUUUCAAUUUGUACAGUUGGAUUUUUGCUGAGAGUGGUGCAACAACUGAGGCUACCGACGACAUUCCAAAGAAUAUAAGCUGUAUCCGAAAUAUAACAACCUAUUAUGCCGAUCAGGGAAAUGUAACACUAAACGGUGUGACAAGCUGCGGAGACUGCUCGAGGGAACAUUUUGUGGCCAGCGUGCGUCAUAGUAACUUAUACCUCGUGGUGAUAAAUGCUACGUGUGGAAAGUGCGAUGAAAUUGAUAGGGAAAUGGGUGUUCCCGGAGAACCUCGAGAAAUUCCUCGUGACACCGUGGAAAAUUCCUGUAAGGAGCCGGGCUACAGGAAAAGACCUAAGAGAUGUUUUGUAUCCACAAAUCCUGAGUCCGGCUAUGCGUGUGGUUCCGGUUCGUUCAUAAAGCCUUCUCCUUAUAUCGUCACUUUGCAACUGUUUUGGCUUUUUGCAGCUCUGCGGAGAAUAGUGGGGUUCGUGUGAUAAAUACUUAUCUCUGAGGAGAGAGUUAAAAGUACAUGAGGACAAGCUCGUGCCUCCGAGGUGUCAAGAUGAGAUUUUAAAAUAGUCGACGUUUACUGUGCGUCUUGGUCUUAUGCCGGGUUCAUAAGAAUCAUUCAUUUUAUAAGUUGUUUUUAAGCCUGCUUCACAGCAAGUUUGAAUCGAACAUCAAUAGUAUGCAGGAACAUGCUUUGGUUUUAGUACUCUCUUCAGACACCCACCGAUUAGGAACCACAUCAAAGCGCAGUUGGAACUUCCUACGUUUGUUCAGCUGUUUCACCUUCUUAAUUGCGUACCUUGGUGCUGUGAUUUUUCUAUCAAUAAUGCUGACGACGCCCCUUCACAAUUUCCCUUUGUUGAAGGAGUCGCAAUAUUAAGAGAGGUUGUAUCUAAACUUCCCUCUCGUAUUUAUAACGCGCAAGAAAAAUUUAACUGUUUUAACACAUGUAUUAUAUUAAUACUACACUUGAUAAUUUAUUUCAAAGCCGUACAGCCAAGUAAAGUUUUAUUUCAGCAACCAUUUUCAUCAAUCGCACGAUUUAUGUAAACCUGCAUGUGGAUUGAUCAAAUUGUUGACUUUUUAAGAAGUUUUAAAAUUUCCUUGACACAUGUAAGUCUAUUAAUAUUUAUUUUUGUCACUGACAGAAAAUAACUGAAUGAAACUUUUACUCGUGUCUUAUGAGUCACGAAGAGCUUAUUUUUUUGUUAAAAAUUGUUUAGAAAUGUAACGGCUGAAAUAUUUAUUGUAAGAAAGGAGUUACAUUUUCAAAAUAUAACUCAAGGUGAUAACUAAAGUG